AUGUGCUAUCUGCUCUCUAAAGGCGAGGCUAACCGUGUGAGAUUUGUUGCCUGGGUGCCGGUGGUUGCAGAGAUUGUGUUGAUGUUGUGGACUUACUACGUAUACGUCAUCUGCCUGUGUUACUUUAGCUGCGACGUGCCAGUGGAAGCCGGCGUCUUGCUGAUGCUCUAUCACUCUCUGUUGGGGCUCACCCUGUGGUGCCACUGCAAGUCCCUGGCCACCCCGCCCAUGGUGCCACCCCAGGAGUUCCACUACGACGAGGCCCAGUGGAACAAGCUCAACAACGAGUACUUGUGGAUACAGAGGCGCGAGGAGAUGGAGAAUCUGAGGCUCAAGCUGGGGAUAAGAACCAUACAAGCCUCAAUGGGUCGAGGUCUGCUAGUCUACUGCCAGCAGUGCAAGGUCAUCAAGCCGGACCGGUGCCAUCACUGCUCGAGGUGUGGAGUCUGCGUGCUGAAGAUGGACCACCACUGCCCCUGGAUCAACAACUGCGUGGGUUUCCACAACUACAAGUACUUCCUGCUGUUUGUCGUCUACUGUCUGGCCUACUGCAUCUUAGUACCGCUGACCUCCCUGCGCUUCAUCGUCGCCUUUUUCAUGGACGCCUACAACGGGGUGGAUAUUUCUGGUGACUAUAACAGAAUUCAGAUCAUUGUCAUGACGGUGUUUCUGAUCAUCACGGGUGUGGCCCUGCUGCCGCUGCUAAAACUGCACUGGAGCCUGGUGUGUACCAACACCACCACCCUGGAGAACACGCGGCCCCUGGGACUGGUCGGGAAGGCACCGGACAUCCGGCUCUUCGAUAUGGGUCUCUCAGAAAAUCUGCGCCACAUCUUUGGCCACCGCAAACUGUUGUGGUUGUUUCCCGUGUUCACCAGUGUCGGAGACGGCUGUCACUUCCCGCUGAGGGAUGAUUUUCUUCUCGACAAGGAGGCGGAUUUCAAUAAGAACAAAGACUGGUGCCUCGCGGACCAGGGUAUUAGCUUAUGUGCUGACAGGGGAGAGGUUGUUUUGUAUCUGGACAGCGAAGAUAGAAACAGAGGAAAUACUGUAUUGGAGAGGGUCAGUAAAGAUAAAAACAGGGAAAUGACUGUCUUGGAUGGAGAGUGUGAAGCUACAAACGGGAGUAAUCAUGUCUUGGAAAAAGAGAAUAAAUAUACAAAGAUAAAAGUUGUCAAAGAAAGGAACAUCGAAAAUCCUAACAGAACAAAUAAUUGCGAAAUUCCACCCGACAGAACACUGACAUAA